AUGGCAGCUGUUGUUGAGAAUGUUGUUCAACUGUUGGGAGAGCAGUGCUACAGAGAAGCUCUGGAGCAGUGUCGUAACUACAACACCAGGCUGUGUGCGGAGAGGAGUGUGCGUUUGCCCUUCCUGGACUCACAGACCGGUGUCGCCCAGAGCAACUGUUACAUUUGGAUGGAGAAGAGACAACGAGGGCCAGGCAUGGCUCCAGGGCAGCUGUACACUUAUCCUUCUCGAAGAUGGAGAAAGCGACGGAAAGCUCACCCUCCUGAGGAUCUGAUCUUCCCUCAUCUGAAGACGGAGCUUGAUAUAGGUCUGAAAAAGGACUCUCUGUUGUCGUCGGAUGGCAGCAGUCUUGAAGCUCUGCUAAAGGGAGACACUUUAGACAAAAGAGGUGUAGAGCUUCGCGGGAACGAAGAGGACUCCAACAUGAGCGACCUCACCGGGGGCCUCAACCCAGCGUCCCGGGCUCGAAAGAGGAUUCUUGAGGCCGAUGACUUCUUUGACGACCUGGACGAUGAAGAUUAUGAAGAAGACACGCCAAAACGAAGGGGAAAAGGAAAGGGGAAGGGACGUGGUGCGGGCAGUAACAAGAAGAAACUGGAUGCUGCGGCCCAAGAGGACAGAGACAAGCCCUAUGCCUGUGACAACACUUUCAAACAAAAGCAUUUUUCCAAACCUUCUGAAAGAGUUUGUGGGAAGCGUUACAAGAACCGUCCGGGCCUGAGCUAUCACUACGCCCACUCCCACCUGGUGGAUGAGGAAGGGGAGGAAAAGGAGGAUCUGGAUCUGGAACCCCCUCCACCACGUCCCGACGAGCCCAAAACUCCAAAGAAAGGCCCGGAUGGUAUUGCGUUGCCCAAUAACUACUGUGACUUCUGCCUGGGCGACUCCAAAACCAACCACAAGACCGGCCAAUCAGAAGACCUGGUGUCCUGCUCCGACUGUGGCCGCUCAGGUCACCCCUCGUGUCUGCAGUUCACCCCCAUCAUGAUGGCGGCGGUGAAGACGUAUCGGUGGCAGUGCAUUGAGUGCAAGUGUUGCAACAUGUGUGGGACCUCUGAAAACGAUGAUCAGCUUCUGUUUUGUGACGACUGUGAUCGAGGCUACCACAUGUACUGUCUCAAGCCUCCCAUGGCAGAACCUCCUGAGGGGAGCUGGAGCUGUCAUCUAUGUCUCGCUCUUUUAAAAGAAAAAGCCUCCAUUUACCAGAACAAGACGAUCCCUCCAUCAUGA